ACAGCGCCGGAGACGCACAUUGGACACAGUACACAUCAGCGACUCCAUUCCUCUGAACGGGCCACACGGAGGUGCAUGGCCCCAUCCCCUUGUGUCAUGAUGAAUCCUGUGCAGGGGUCGCCGUCCCAGGACGCCAAACAGCUUCAUCAAAAAGAGGAGACGGACACGGAGGGCGAGGAGCUCCAGCCUAAAGACAUGACCACAGAGAAAGGAUACAAACUGCAGCGGAGCAGCCUCCCGUUUAGCGUCGAGUCGUUGAUUUCAAAGAAGACCACCUGUCGGACUUCUUAUUCCCCCACAGAUUUAGCUCUGGCCCUGCCGAAGCCCGUGGCCGGACAGGGCGUGCAAUUCUCUCCAAGGACUCUUUACGCAGAGAGCAAGGUUUCCUCCGCGGAGAGCUCGCAGGGUGUUUCCAGCAGCUCCAGCGAGGACAGUCCGCAGUUUUGUGAGAAGGAUCAGAGCACUUGGUUCCAGACGUCCUCCUUUUCUACUCCGCCUCGGAGCUCAAGUCCAACUCAGUGUACUUUAAGGAAACACAAAAACAACAGGAAACCUCGCACGCCCUUCACUACCUCGCAGCUGCUGGCGCUGGAGCGCAAGUUUCGCCAGAAGCAGUACCUCUCCAUCGCCGAGAGAGCCGAGUUCUCCAACUCUCUCAACCUGACGGAGACUCAGGUCAAAAUUUGGUUUCAGAACAGGAGGGCCAAAGCCAAGAGACUGCAGGAGGCCGAGCUGGAAAAGUUUAAACUGGCCUCCAAGCCCAUCCUGCCCGCCUUCGCGCUGCCGCUUCCCCUCGGUGCGCACAUGGGGUCUCCGACAUGGGGCCCGUCAAACGCCUUCCCGCGGCCCAGUCUGCCGGUCCCAGGAAUCUUCAGCGGACCCGUCACUUAUGGGAUGUACUAUUUGUCUUAGUAUUACCGUGUGUGUGUGUGUGUGUGUGUGUGUGUGUGUGUGGUUUUAAGAGAAAUUUGUCCUCUGUCAUGCAAUACACUUAUAAAACAAGGACGGUGCGUUUUGUACACCUCGGAAACAUUUUUUUUGUAUUUUCAAUUUGGAGUUUAGAGAAAUUUUCUACCCUCCAGAAAAAAAAACAAUUAAUUCUGGGACACAUUUUCAUGUAUAAUUGUGUGCGUAAUUGGACUGAGUGAGGUCACUUGCUCUCCUCAUUUUCAGACAGCUCUGUGGAUUGUGGAUUCACAGGCCUAAAUUACAGAGGCAAUACUCCAAAAGUAAAUGUCAGGUUUUUAAACGACAUGCCUUAAAUAUGUGCUUCCAGUCCACGCACCGUGCUCCGCAGCAGUCUGUGAAAAGCGGACAUCUAAAGUGUGUCCAGACAUGAAGGCGAUCAUCUACUGAAGCGGAGGUUUUAAAAAAGCAACAGAAAAGUACUUAAACGGUGUCAGUGCCUUAAGACCAGUGUAUCACUUGAAGUAUAUUUCUCCUCAUUCAGCCUUGACUGUUUCUGGUUUAACUGCAGUUUUCCUCCGAGUUGCUGUUUGAAUGUUUGUAUUUCCUUACAGCAGCUCCACUCACGAUUUCUACAUUUUGUAAACAUGGAGCAAAAUUAUAUUUUAGGGAAAAAAACACAUGUAUUAGAUAUGUUUUUACUCUCACAACGUGGCUUGUAUGGGAGUGAUCAUAGAUUUUCUUUGAGGAUUUUUUGCUGUACAUGUAAAUAAAAUGUGUAGUGUUCAUAAAGACCUGCAGCCUCGCUCGAGGAGCAGCAGGGAAUGUGGUAUUUAUUGAAUAUCUUUGUAUCUGUACUGUGUACAUACAUCACUCUAUCUAAAUGUUCAGUUACUUGUAAAAACUGAUUUUAGUAAAUAAACAUUAUACAAGACCUGCAAGUGUUUUACA